CGUAUCGAGACCUCUGUUGACGUUUUUUGUCAUUGGUCGAAAUAAGGACAUGCAAGACAUUUCGCAAACUUGCGGCAAAGCGAAAGGUAUUCGAGCGUUUCCGGCUCGGAAGUCUUACGUUCCAGGCUGUUCAUGCACCGGUACCUCCGGGUCCAUGCGCGACUGAACACCACAAGACACCCCCGCUUGAUUCGCUGCUUGCAGGCGGCCAAGAUGCGCAUCGCCAACGUUUCGAGAGCGAGCGCGAUUCGACGUCGGAACUUCCUGUCGAUAGUCGCAGGUUUGCUCCUGUGCACAAUUAAGUCAGUAGCCGCAACGGUGACAGAUACACAAGCCGAUCAACUAGAAGGCGCUGAUAAGCGAGAUGUCGUGGGCUUACGGGGCCUCAUGCCCAUUGUGGACGGCACAUACUCCAAUAGUUCCGGUGGCUACGGCUACUAUUGUACGCUGCAAACGUAUGGGGUUAUUGCGAUUGGGAAGAGAUACUGAUUCGUGCGGUGCAUUGCUGUUCUGUAGAUGGGAGUUCUAGCGGCUACAACGGCUAUGAGGACAGCUCGGAUGGCAGCAGCAGCGUUAAAACCGUGGUCAUCGGCGUCAGUAUUGGCGUCGGACUGAUGCUGAUUACGGUCUGCUUAACAUGGAAAGCUUGCGUCGAAUGCUGCACGAGCACUAAUCGACGUUCACGCCACCGAGCCUUCAUCGAGCGACCAAAUGCUGGUUGGAAAUGUGAAGUCUGUCUUCACACAAACGAGUUUUCUCAAACUGGUUGUGUGUUAUGCGGCACUACAGCUGAAGAACUGAAGAUAAUCCGGAGCCGACAAGAAGAUACAAACACGUCGGCAGUAGUCGCUCCGCAAGUGGAAGACAGUACGCGCUCAGCUUCCAACUACCUACUCAUGUCUUCUCCUCGCGCGGCCUGGGUUCGAAGCCUAAAUACAUUUCACAGUGGGGAUUUAACUGACCGCCAGCUAGUUGCGCGCGAGCGUCACCAAUGGAAACGAUGCAUUGGAGGGCAGAACGUUCGCUGGGUACAUAUCCCAUUUGAAGUUCUUCAAGACAAUGAAGCUUUAUGCAGUACCAUUAUAAAAGAGCGUGACUUCCAGGAUUGGCACAAGCGGCAUCCUCCCAAAGUAUCUGGGCCAUCUCGGAUGUCUGUGUCUUCAGUCCUGUUUUCGGACAGUAGUGGGCAGCAACUCUCAUGGCUUACUCCUGGGACAGCAUUCGUGCGAGAUGAUGACUCACGUUCUCAAAGUCGAACCGCACGCUGGCGCUUGGCGGAAGAGUUUUCUGCAUCAUCUCGACAGUAUUCUAAAACCGUCGUGAGGGCGUCGACUUUAGUAUUCUCCGAAAAAGCGCAGUGGUUUUACCAGUACUCACUCAAGUUGUGCUCAUCUAUUGUGGAUGGAUACCAUACAAUACGGAUUCACCGUGACAGGGUUUUGAAGCAGUCUAUGAACCUUUUCAUGUCGGCACCAAGUGGAACCCUCCAUCGUCGUCUUCGAGUUGAUUUUAUGGAUGAGGCUGGCGUCGAUGGCGGUGGAAUAUUGCGGGAAUGGCUACAUUUAGUUUGCAGCCAGCUUUUUGCUGAAGCACCGGGGCUGUUUACAUUAACAAGCUCAUCAGCACACCAAGGAUACUGGUUUAACCGGACCUCCGCGGAAAAGUGUACGAAGCAGUUGGAGAUGUAUAUUUUCUUCGGUAAACUGCUUGGGAAAGCAUUGCUUGAAGGCCUUCUCCUGAAUGUGCGGCUUUCAAUCCCCCUUUUGAAGCACAUUCUUGGUGUACCCCUCAAGCUGUCUGACCUGUACCUCCUCGACGAAACGGUGUACUCCAGUAUGAUGUGGAUUCUUGAAAACGACAACACCAACGCCCUGGGUUUGAAUUUCACGGUUGAAGGUGUUGAGCUCAUUCCAAGCGGUGCCGACGUCACACUGCACGAUGGAAACAAGCAACUUUACGUCGCAAAAGUGGCGCAGUAUUAUCUGUUUGAUAGCGUUCGAGCGGAAAUUUCGAGUAUCAUGGAGGGUCUCCGCAGUGUCAUCAGCGAUACAGUUCUCCACGUAUUCGAUUUCAAAGAGCUCGACUUGCUACUCUCCGGUCUACCGCAAAUUGAUGUCAACGACUGGAGGCAGCACACUGAUGUUCGGUUUUACGAGCAAAGUACCCACGAGUUUGAAUUAGUAGGAUGGUUUUGGGAAGUCCUGGAGUCCUUCUCUCAAGACCAACGCGGUCGACUACUGCAGUAUGUAACAGGCUCCAGUGGUGUCCCCGUCGAAGGCUUCAAGGUAGUGUUGGCUAUCUGAUUGACGCUUUCAUUGUGCUGCUAACGCUCUGGUAUUCACGCACCUAUUUUAUCAUCAGGGUCUCACUGGAAUGGAUGGCGAGAUCCAGCUUUUCACAAUUCAGUUGGGAAAAGAUGUUUCAACCGUGUACACGGUAUUACCGCACGCAAGCACAUGCCUGAACAGGUAAGCUAAUUGCUUUUACUGCAGUUGUCAUCUCUUCACUGAUUGUUAUCGUUUGUGCAGACUGGAUUUACCGCUUUAUGCUUCAAAAGCUGAGCUUGAGCGAAUUUUGACAAUGGUACGCGUCUGUUUUGCUAACAGUUAUUGCAACCCCAUGUGAUAAUGAGGACCUUCGUUGUGUUUUUGAUCUUGCUGCAGGUUGUAGAGAUGGACGUUACAGGAUUUAGUAGUCGCUAGUAAUAAAGUUGUUGAUCAUUCAGAAUUGCCA